AUGGUAAUAAUUGUGGAACAAACCAACAGAUAUGCCCGUCAGAAAAAUAGUACUAACUGGAAACCUGUAACUCUACAAGAUAUUAAGGCGUAUCUAGGAGUUUUAAUCCUUAUGGGCUUAAAUCCUUUACCGGACAUGGAACUCUACUGGUCAUCAGAUCCCUUUUAUUACAAUAAGGAAAUUGCCCAGGUUUUCCCAAUAGUAAGAUUUAAAAAAAUUACAGAAAACCUCCACUUAAAUGAUAACGAGAUGGAACCACCAAGAAACUCCCCUGAAUAUGACAAAUUAUUUAAAUUGAGACCCCUCCUCACAGAACUCAACAAAGUUUAUCAAAGAGAGGCAUACAAUUCAGAAGUACAAUCGAUUGAUGAGUGUAUGGUCAAAUUUAAAGGGCGCAGCUCCUUAAAGCAAUACAUGCCGAAAAAACCCAUCAAAAGAGGAUUUAAGGUAUGGGCAAGAUGUGACGCCAAAACUGGGUACUUGUACCAAUUCGAAGUGUAUUCAGGAAAAGGCGACAGCACCGAAAAUGAAGGGUUAGGCUACAAUGUUGUCAUGAAACUCUGCAGUAACGUACCAAGAAACACUUUAAUUGCCUUUGACAACUUUUUUACUAGCUGUAACCUCAUGGAGGAUCUUUACGAUAAAAAUAUUUAUGCAGUGGGAACAGUCAGAUGCAACAGAAAGGACUUACCUGAUAUGAUAAAAAAAAACAACCGAAACCAUUGCGAUUAG